AAAUGUAAUUUAUGGCCAAGUUGCCUGUGUCAGUUCGCCAUCAUUGGUAAAAGGUGAAAGUUAGUAUUCUGUGAUCUAAACCGCACUUUGAAAAUGUUAGGUCCCCGCGAAUCUGGUGAAUUAAUCGCAGGUUUAGCAGAAAACGUAACAAUUAAUAACGCCGCAAUCGAGAAGCUAGGCGAUGUUUUAGUAGACCAAAUAAGCGCUGGCCGAUUGAUACCGGAUAAUUUCAGCCAGGUAGAAGUGCACCCCAAGGCGGAGGAUAACCACGCUCUUGCGUGGAUUUUCAUAGUCGACACCCUAAACUUUUGCUUUUGGCAUCACGAACACGAAGAGGGUUGGAAAGUCGACGGCUACACGGGCUAUUUUGCUCUAUGCGCCGCCAUAAACAGGGCCCUAAAAGAAAAAGUUGACAUUUUAAACCCAAUGUUUUUUUCGGUUAUUACUGACCAACAGUUGAGAAAGGUACUACGGGGCGAUACUGAAGUGGAAACGCCACUUCUGUUUGAGAGAGUGAAAUGCCUCCGAGAAGUGGGAUCAGUUUUGUUAGAGAAAUUUGAGGGCUCUUUCCAGAAUGUCGUGAAACAAGCCAACAAUGAUGCUAAGCAGUUAUUGAAGCUGAUUGUGGAAAACUUUAAAUGCUUCCGAGACGAGGCGGAAUAUAGAGGGCGCAAAGUUGCAUUUUACAAGAGGGCGCAGAUCCUCGUCGCCGACAUUUGGGCUUGUUUUCGAAAUUUAAAAAAUAUCAAUCAAAUUACUAUGUUCGCCGACUACAGGGUGCCGCAAACGUUGCUGUGGUUCGGAGUGUUUACUUAUAGUGAGCGUUUGCACAAAAAACUAUCGGAAAACGUGGUUUUGAAUUGCGGCGAAAGUGACGAGGUUGAAAUCAGAGGAUGCUCAAUCCACGCGGUCGAACUUCUCAAGAAAUACGCAGUGGCGAAAUUAGGUGCAGAGGGAAAAAUCAAUUCCGUAUUGAUCGACCACUUUCUUUGGGACUUUAGGCGAAAACACGCUGGCGAUAUUUUGAAUAAAGGUCUGCCUUUCCAUAAAACUUUCGGAAUUUAUUAUUAAUAAAUACCAAUGUGUUUUUACUGAUUCUACAUAAUAUAUAUCUUUUAUUAUUAUUUAUCGUUUUCCCAUAUGAAAUCUACACUCGGACACUUUUACGCAUGGACCGCCAAUGGCGGAACGUAUGUAA